ACAACUAAUCAACCAUUAUAUUUCUCGAAAUAACGUACACACAGGAACAACUCCCUUAACAACUAGAAUGGCAACAUCUUCUAGCUUCAGAGACAAUUUGGAGGCACAGUUAACUUGUGCUAUUUGUAACGAUAUCUUUACUGAUCCAAGAACACUACCAUGUUUACAUACUUUCUGCUUUAAAUGCAUCAAAGAUUGGAACGAAGCUUGUCAGAGAGAAAUGAAGAGACUAAGGUGUCCAACUUGUCGAGCAGUAGUCAAGAUCGAAGGAGACGACAUCUCGAAGCUUCCUUCUUCCUUUACAUACAAAUCGCUGCUUCAGCUAUUCAACGUCAUGAAGACCAAGACUGACGAACAGAGCCAACAGCAGCUUCCAGAGUGUGUAGGUUGCAACAAACGAAGCGUAUUGGUUGGAUUUUGUCCUCAAUGUGAAGGAAUGAUUUGUAAUGAAUGCAUCAACCAACACAAAACAAAGUCAUCAAUAAAAACCCAUCAAGCAACGCUGUGGAGCGAAUUCAAGACACAAAAUGUCAACAGUUACAUUAACAAUCAAUCCAUUUGUAAGGAGAAAUUUCACCAGAAAUGCCGUCUCGAUUACUACUGCAUCACUUGCAGAAAGUGCAUUUGCAAUAAAUGUUCUGCAACAGCACACAGCAUCCAUGACAAGGUCAGCAUCGAGCAGGCAGCUGAAGAUGCUAAAAAGCUUAUCAGAAACGAAAAGGAUCGACUGAAUGAGCUGCUUAUCGGUUACAAGAAAGAUUUAGAACUGUCCAAUGAAAAUAUGACAAGGAUUCAAAGCGAGGUUGAUGCAGCAAAGGCAAAAGUACGAAAUGAUACACAAGCUCUGAUGAAGAUUCUACAAGACCGUCAAAACGCUUUGAUUGCUACCUUGGACGGCCUCCUUGCAGAACAAACAACAGUAAAUGAAGACGAGAAAAAAGAUAUCGACGGCAACAUUCAACAAGUCACUGAACUGAAACAUCAGUGUGAAACAACGGAAGACAAAAACUUAGAGAAAUUCAUAUUAGAAAGCUAUGAAAAUUUACUAGAAGUUUGUAAAACCACAGCCCAAAACAAGUCCAUCUUAUCGACCAAACCUGUCAAGCGAAACUCAAGCAUUCGUUUUAUUCCAAACCCAGAAGUCAUUUCCUUGAUGCAAAAAUUCAAACUCGGCGAGGUAGUGGAAAGCGUGACAGAUCCCUCUCGCUGUUCUAUGGAAUCUCUAAGUGACGUCAGAUGUGGUUUUAUCAAUGAAUUUGUUAUUGUGACGAGAAAUUCAGCAGGAGAUGCAUGUCACACCAGUACAGGAAUAAUCAAUGUACACAUCCAAGAUGUCGAAGGCAACGAUGUCCAUAAAGAACUGAGUGAAACUGAAACUGGAAGAUUUCUAGUAAAGUACAAAGCAGAGAAACCUUCACCGUACAAAGUUGUAGUGAGUAUUGGAGGAAAAGAAAUAAAAAACUCACCACAGAACAUUGAGACAAUUGAUGCUAAAGCAGAGUUUAGACCCUUGAGGAGAAUUUAUGUGAAAGACGAGUGGUCCCGUCCUAUCGCACUUGCUGUAAAUGACAGUGGCGAUAUUGCUGUGGUCAAUAGAAAUAACUUUCAAAGUGGUUUAUACCGCAUUAUGUUGUUCAAUGCUGAUGGAGAGUAUUUGCGAGACAUUGGUGGUGGAGGAUCAGGAGAUGGUCAGCUGAGUAAUCCAGGCGGAGUCAUCUUCAAUGAGGAUAAAAUAGUCAUCACUGAUAAUCCAGGUGAUUGUGGCUGUAUCAAGGUAUUUGACAUCGAUGGUACCUACAAAAGAACUGUUAUCCAACUACCUAAAGGAGUGAUAUUGAGAAGAAUGUGUACAGCCAAUCAAAUCAUCGCGUGUUUGUGUUACAAUGAAGAUACUACAGAGACAUUUAUAAAAUUAUUUGAUAAACAAAGUUAUGAUCACCUUCAUGACAUUAAACUGGAUGUUCCUGAUGAUGAGGAGCCUGUCUCAUUAGCUUAUGACAACAAUAAGUACUUUGUAUCGUUCACUGAAGUGAACAGUGUUUAUGUUUUUGACGAGAAUGGUGGUCUACUGUACACAAUUGGAAUGAAAGGCAACAAAAAAGGUCAGUUUAAACGUGUACAUGGACUUGCUGUGUUUGGUAAAGAAAUGCUUCUUGUCUGUGAUAGCCACUACUUGCAAGUCUUGAGUCAAGACGGUCAGUUCAUAAGUUCCUUUGGUAGUAGACGUGCAGUUCUUGGACAAAUGAAUGGUCCUUAUGAUACAGUUGCUGUUACACCAGAUGGCCGAGUAUUUUUGCUGGAAGGGUUGGACCAACAUCAAGUGCAGGUGUGGAGAUGAGAUUUGUUGACU